AUGGCGGCACCCUCCGCCGCGGCCGCCGCGGGCGCGGCGGCCGCCGCGCUGCUGCAGCGGCAGCUGCUGCAAGGCAGCGGCGAAGGAUGGAGCGAGCACCAAACCGGCGAUGGUCGGAAGUUCUUUCACAACGAGGAGACGGGCGUGUCACAAUGGGAAAAGCCGGAGUCCCUUAUGUCCGAGAGCGAGCGGCUCAUCAAUGCGGACGAGUGGAAGCAAUACAGGAUUUGGGAUGGGCGAAUCUUCUAUCACAACAAGGAGACGAAGGUGAGCUGUUGGAGCAUGCCACCCGAGUUGCGGAAGCUGAAAGGCGAAAGUACCGGUUUAGACGAUCGGCCAUUGGCCGAGACGAAUGCUGAGAGGCGGCAAGCGUUUCAGGAGUUCUUGAAGGAACAAGGCAUUGAUGCCACCUGGGACUGGCGGAAGGUGCAGAGUUUGCUGCCCAAGGCUGGCCCUUCUGCCCAAAGCCUCAGUGAAGGCCUUCAGAAGCAGGUCUUUGCGGAGCUGCUGAGCAUGGAGUUACGAAAGAAGGAGCUCCAGGCGCGACGGAAGGCGCGCAACGCGGCGGUCGCCUUGGAGCGGCUCCUGGAAGAGCGUUUUGGAGAGCCGGACGCCUUAGGCACCAGCUACCAGGAAGCUGCGACCAUUCUCGGUGAUGAGGAGGCUUGGAUCCUCAUCAAGUCAGACGUGCGACGCGAGGAGGUCUUCCAGAACGUCAUGGAACGCCUCGAGGAGAAACACCAGAACGCCCGCGCGGAGCAGCGCACCGUGGCCACCUUGCGUGAGCGGGCGGAGCACGUCACAGAGUCAAAGCAAGAAGCCUUCAGAGGCCCAGAACCAGGCCCAUCGCAGGGAAGUUAUGGGCAUCCACAUCUUUGCCGAAGGCCUUGCGUGAAGUUUGCACGAGGAUGCUGCGACAAGGGUGUGGCAUGUGGCUUUUGCCACAGUGACCAUGUGAAGCCGGCGACCUUUGAUAAGCAGGCACGCGAUUGGCUCGCUGCCUGGCCCAAGGGCCGCGUGAUUGCCGCCGUGCUUCCUUUGCUCCACAGGGCUGCUGUGAAGGAAUGCUCGGCGAUGGACCUGCUCGAGAUUUUGCAGCGUGAGCACACGAUCCGCGGCACGGGGCAGCCUCAGCCGCGCACUCCUCGUAAGAUCCAACAAGUGCUCGACCGCAUGAACUUUGCUGGCUUGAUCGGUGUGGUGCGCUCUCAUGUGGGAGGCCACUUGGCCAUUCUUUUGGAGAAUGGCUUGAAGAACUUGCGCGAGGAAGCGAGUCUCCUUUGUCAGCCCCUUAUUGAGGGGAUGGAGAGGACUGAGGACUUGCUGUCUUUCCUGACCAGCAAAAUCGAAGUUGCGCAGAGCUGUGCCGCCGAAGAGCCUAGUGCCGUCCGACCAAUCCUCAGAUCGAAGCGUGCCUUUCCGGAGAUCUCAACUCAGCAGCUUCCCAAGUGGUCGCCCUGUUUGGCCGAUCGCGGAACAACGGGCUUCUGCAGCAAAAAGCCACGGCGGGCCGCGUGGGGCGUCCACGAUGACGCCUGUGCCGUCCUGGCGCGCCGGGACGAGUUGCAGGAGGAGGAUCCCCCCAUCGAAGCGUUGAAGGUUUGGAGUUCGAUGCGCGAAUUGAGGCUCGCCACCGUCAAGGAUCCAGACCUCAAGAGCAAAGUCCAGAGCCAGUACUAUCACGACGAGCGCAAGCGCCGCGAUGCCUUUGUCUUGGCCAUGAAGGAGCUGGCGGCGGCCGAGCGCUUUACGGUGGACACCAGCUGGGCUCAGCUCGAGGAGAUGCUUCAGUUCGACCAGCGCCUGCAGGGGAUGCGGGAGGGCGAAGGAGCCACCGGUAUGGAGCUCUUCGAUGAAUUCAUCGAGGAGUUGAAGCUGAAGGGCCCUGAGGCCUAUGCUGGUGUGGAGCCCGCCCCACCACCGGUGGUGCAGGAACCGCCCGCGAAGCGCCGAAGACCCAACCGGUUGUCAGAGCCCACCAUUCCAGUGAAGCAGGAGUUCCAUGCCGUUAAGAUGGAGAAGGAGGAAGAUGAAGACGAGACCAAUGCACUGGACGCCCUCAUCGCCGCUGCGAAGACGGAGCCUAAAACGGAGGCUCGGGAGGAGCCCAAGAAACCGCCCAUGCCGCCCAUGCCCAAGGCUGUGAAGAUGGAGACAGUGAAGACUGAGCCUCAAGUCAAGGCAGAGGACGACACAGAGGAAGAAGAAGAAGAUCCGCUGAUGGGAGCGGCGCUGAAGGCACAGCGUGUGAAGGAGGAGCUGGAGUGA